AUGUCUCCACCAGCCCCGUCCGACUCGUCCAUACCAGACAUGACAACCUCCACGAAAGCCAUGAUGGCUAAGGUGAAGCAACUGGUUCCGCCUAUGCUUGAGAAAUUCCACAAAGGCCAGUUGGGUCGGGUAGCAGUCAUUGGAGGCAGCGCAGAAUACACAGGAGCACCAUACUUCUCAGCCAUGGCCUCGGCGCGAUUAGGUCGGUGCUUACUCAAAUGCCUGUUCUCUGGCAUGUCAGCUGAUAUUGACCAGGAUGUGAUCUUGUUCGUGCUUCAUCUCUGCGCUGAGAAUCACUCUGCCGGGUCGCUAAGUACUCUCACUUUUCAGAGCUACGUGAUCUGCGAACCGUCUGCAUCACAGACCAUUAAAUCUUACUCGCCGAAUCUCAUGGUGUCUCCACUACUCCGCUCGACUAAGUCCCUUGCUACGAGCCAUUUUGACCCAUCAAUCGAAGAAAUGACGUCCCCAAUCCUCGCUCUACUGCCGCGGCUCCACGUCUUAGUCAUCGGUCUUGGACUAGGACGAGAUGACAUCACCCUAAAACAAGUUGCUGCUAUCAUCAAAGCUGCGAGAAGUCAGGACCCGCCGGUUCCUCUUGUUCUAGAUGCUGAUGGAUUGUUCCUGAUCAAUUCGGACCCUGACCUGAUUAAGGGGUACAAAGAGUGCAUCUUGACGCCCAAUGUGAUCGAGUUCGCCAGAAUUGCCAAAGGAAUGGGUGUCAAUCUUGAUGAAGGAGAUCGAAACAAGGAUUGCGAGAACUUGGCUAAAGCACUUGGUGGAGUUUGUAUUAUUCAAAAAGGAAAGGUCGACCACAUCUCAACCGGGGAAGGAACCACAACUUGUGACUUCGAAGGAGGUCUGAAGAGAUCCGGUGGACAAGGAGACACACUGACUGGCUCGUUGGGCACCUUUCUGGCUUGGCGACAAGCAUAUCAUGAAGGUUUGUGGGAAUCAGCAAAUAAAAUGUCAAGAGAGGAGACACUUCUGGCGGCGGCAUUUGCAGGCAGUGCUAUCACCAGGGAAUGCUCGAGGAAGGCCUUCAAAAAGAAUGGACGAAGUCUUCAGGCUAGUGAUCUGACAGAUGAGGUUCAUGGUUCAUUUUUGAGUCUGAUAGGUGAGCCAGAAGGUGAUAGCAAGCUGUGA